CGUUUCACGCGCCGCCGCGGUGAGUAGUCGGUCAAAGCACUCAGGCGGUCAUAACUCCCCCUCCCGUGGACGGCGGACUAGUAUUUAUUGAAGUCAUUCUAGCAUCCCGCGGUGUUUGAAAGGGAAGGAAGGCCAAUGAAAUGAUCCAGAAGGAUUUGAAAGAAGCGCAAUAAGAAUAGUGAGCAAAAAGGCGGCUGGCUUCUUCGGCUCCCUGUUCAUUUCUUCAUUUCUGCUGCAAUUUUGUUCAAUAGAUUCGAGUAUAGAUUUCAAGGUCGCUGUAGAAAGUAGCUGUAGAUCCAUUGAAUCGAUUCUUCGGUAAGUGUACGUAGUUAGGGAAUACUUAGUUUUUGGUAGGAUUUGAAGUUGAGUUGCAAUGGAAAAUACAACGGCAUCAGCUGAGCCGCCGCCGGGGAUACCGCCUGCGGAGGAGCUGUUGAAGAAGAUCCAGGAGCUGGAGGCGGGGCAUGCGCGGUUGAAACAGGAGAUGUCCAAGCUCGCGAUUUCGAGUGAUUACAGAUCAGAGAGGCAAAGGUCUCACUCUAUCUCUCCUCAACGGCCGCGGCGGCUUAAACCUGCUGGUGGCGGAAGGCGCGGCGGCGGAUUCGAAGGUGGCACCGCUGCUGCCUGGAGAAGGGGCUCUGCCUCGUUCCGUCAUUCUUCUCCGCUGCAGAGGGAGAGUAGCAGUAAAGACGAGUUUACAGCACAUGAAGGGGAUGGUGGUGCAAGCUGUGGUGUCAGAGGUCCAGCCGCUGUGAAAUUUAGUGACAGACAACAUUUGAAUAUAUUGCAGUCAAUGGGCCAAGCAGUGCAUAUAAUUGAUCCUAGUGGUAGAAUAAUAUACUGGAACCGAACUGCGGAGCGCCUGUAUGGCUAUUCAGCUGCGGAAGCUCUUGGGCAAAGUAUAAUGGACCUCGUUGUGGAUUCUCAAGAUUUAAAUUUGGCUCAUGAUAUUAUUAGACGUGUAGUUGCCGGUGAGAGUUGGACUGGACAGUUCCCAGUGAGGAAUAAGCUAGGGUGUAGAUUUUCUGUCAUAGCAACCAACACCCCUUUCUGCGAUAAUGAUACUCCAAUUGGGCUUAUAUGCGUAUCAACUGAUAUCAGACCACUCCAAGAGACCACCACAGCAUUCACGGGGGCAAAGAUAAUGGAUUGUGAAUCAAGUUCUAGUAGGGCAAGGAGCAUUGCUUCGUCAAAGCUAGGUCUUGAUCCUCAACAGCCUCUGCAAGUUGCAAUUGCCUCGAAAUUAUCCAAUUUGGCUUCGAAAGUGAGCAACAAGGUUAAGUCAAAAAUGAAAAAUGUGGAGAGUGGAAUGGUUCGUGAAGGUGGAAGUGGAGAUAGCAAUCAUUCUGACAAUGUUUUCCACGAUGAUCACCGAGAGGAUGGAACUUCUAGUGGAGCUAGUACUCCAAGAGGAGAUUUACAUCCCUCUCCAUUUGGAGUGUUCUCUACUGUUGCCAAAGAAGACUCAGUUAGAAAAUAUUCCAGAGAUUCUGGUGAUGAGAACGAGGAUAAACCUGGAAUCUCCAAGAUGAUUACCUCUAAGGCAGAAGCAUGGAUUCAAAAGAGGACUUUAUCAUGGCCAUGGAAAGGAAGUGAACAAGAAGGAUUUGAGACAAGAAACACUCGUUUCGGCUGGCCCUGGUUACAUAAUGACCAAGACAAUGAGGAUAGCCAGGAUAAAAGAAACUCCAGCAUGGAAAUAAAAGAGGAAAUUCAUGGGUGUGAAACUAACCACACUACCACAAAUGAGGCUUCAGGAUCAUGGUCAUCAUCUUUUAAUGUUAAUAGCACAAGCAGUGCAAGUAGUGCUGGGAGUACCAGCAGUACUGCUCUUAACAAAGUCGACAUGGAUGCUGACUGCUUGGACUAUGAGAUUUUAUGGGAAGAUUUAACUAUUGGGGAACAUAUUGGUCAAGGUUCAUGUGGGAAUGUUUAUCAUGCUCUGUGGUAUGGAUCAGAUGUUGCUGUUAAAGUAUUUUCCAAACAAGAAUAUUCUGAUGAUGUUAUUUUUUCCUUCCGACAAGAGGUCUCACUCAUGAAAAGACUUCGGCAUCCAAAUAUUCUCCUUUUCAUGGGCGCAGUAACUUCUCCUCAACGUCUCUGCAUUGUUACAGAGUUCCUCCCAAGAGGAAGUUUAUUUAGGCUACUUCAGAGGAAUAUAUCCAGAUUGGAUUGGAAGCGGCGUGUCCACAUGGCGUUAGAUAUAGCAAGAGGAAUGAAUUAUCUCCACCAUCUCAACCCACCUCUUAUUCACCGUGAUUUGAAAUCUUCAAACCUUCUUGUUGACAAGAACUGGACCGUGAAGGUGGGGGACUUUGGAUUGUCAAGGCUCAAACUCGAAACAUAUCUGACAACAAAAACGGGUAAAGGAACGCCUCAGUGGAUGGCUCCAGAGGUUCUUCGCAAUGAGCCUUCGGAUGAGAAGGCUGAUGUGUACAGUUUUGGGGUAAUAUUGUGGGAACUUGCCACAGAAAAGAUCCCCUGGGAUAACCUCAACACGAUGCAGGUGAUCGGGGCUGUAGGGUUCAUGAAUCAACGGCUAGAUAUUCCCAACGAUGUGGACCCACAGUGGGCUUCUAUAAUUGAGAGCUGCUGGCAUAGCGAGGCACAAUGUCGUCCUUCAUUCCAAGAAUUGAUGGAGAAGUUUAAAGAACUACAAAAGCAGCAUGCUGUUCAAUCUCAAGCAGCUCGCAGUGCUCAAAAAGAGUUGUAGAAGAAAUUGUGACGCGUUUAUUUGUUAUGUUUAAAGUUUGAGCAACAAAAUUGCAAGAGAUGAACUGAAUUGACCGGCUGUGUGGUAAUCAAAGUUUUUGGUCCCAUCGGAUGGCAGAUGUGUGUUGUUUUGAAAGAAAAAAUUGCCCGUGUUGUCGGAACAAAAAAAGAGAGGAUUUUUUGAAGGCAUAAACUGCGCCUACAGUCUUUGCCAAAGGAUGGAAAUUAGAGAGGAGGGAAGACGGGCGGUCAUAUUUUGGUCUAUAAUGGAUCGAACAAGAGACAUUGUUUUUGGUGGGGGUAAACUUGGUGAAGUCAUAUUUGCUUGUUUAUAGUGUAAAACAACCAUUAACAGUCUACUGUAUGGUGUCUGACUUGAAUUUUGGUUAUCUUUGUAUAUGUGUGUUAAGUGAUUGCAAUUCGUUUUCACAUUCUUCGUCUGUUUUUUAGCGUUUCGAACAAAACGCUAAGCUAAAUGUGGUGUUUGGUUAAUGGUGUUACUAAACACAGCACUAUCUUAGGGUG